CUUACGAUGAUAAAAUCGCUGUUGAUUGAGCAGAAGUUUUACGACCGUUGUCUUUCUCAGAAGUCUACAAACUACGGCUUAAUAAUUAGUGGAGCUGUCAAGGAGGACGAGUGCAUUUUCCUCCUUCUUACAUCCAUUGCGAAAGAUCUCACUACAAUCGAUAGCAUUGACGCAUCGGAAUUGAAGCUCGAUUGCCAAAAAAUUUGCCGUAUGCUUCCAGCCGGUUCAAGAGUAUCCGGUGUCUACUACUGUGGAUCGCUUAGUUUUAGCAAAUCAAGUGCACGGAUUAAAGAAAUCUUGAAGGUUAUUCAUUUAGCGGAAAAACAUCCUCUUACAGACAAAUUCGUCCCACUAACCGAUCGUGAUAAAGUUUUCCUUCAUAUGGAUCCUAUCACUAAGAGUUUCAUAGCCAAAGCGAUUGGCUUUGAACACCCAAAGGAUUUUUUGCGACCUGUUGAUGUGAAAGUCCGACAGGUGAUGGAUCGAUGGAGGGCCAUCAAGACCUACGUUAACUUGAGUUUAGAAGCCUACCUUCCAGCCGAGCGACAGAAGGAGAAAAUUCUCCAGCAGCUGGAAGAGGCUGCUAUCCCUUUCUUAGAGACCGUUACUAGCAAAGCUCGACUUCUCGUCGAUGGCGACUUGAGAGAUGAAUCGGAUCUCAUUUUUCGCCAAAGAUCCACCGCUAAAACUCCUCGUCAGUCCAAGCGUCAUAAAGUAGCAAAGGCGGAGUUGGAUAGUUUUUCCGAGGCGGCGCAGAAUCUCUCGAACAAUUGGGAUUCUUCAACUUUCGCCUUGUUUGGACCUGAUUUUCUCUCAUGGAAACGAACCAACUCCAAUUCAUCGAUUGACUCGGGACACUGCUCGGAUGCCUUUGCAAUGCCCAUCGACAGCUCUCCGCGCCCAGAAGGUGACAAAAGCCUUACUAUUCAUGGUCGGAUUCCUGGCCUCGCCUUUCUCCCCGUUGAUGGUACAACUGUUGCUGAUGCUCUCAAGGCCUUUCAACGAGAUCUAACACACAGCAUUCUGGUGCGUCUGGAACUCCUCACAGAAGAACUGCAAAUAAGCAGUGGCGAAGUGGAGUGCGGUCGCAUCCUCCUGCCUUCACGUGUGCUAGUGCGUAUUCCUGCAUGUCCGGCUUUUCCACUAUCGGACUAUAAGUUUGUCUCUGAGACUCCUGACGACGUGGUUCGUCGAGUUGCGCUCUUUUGUCGUCCUCUUGGGAGCGCCAACCCACCUGCCUUUAUGCCAGCUAGUGGCGGCAUCAGUAGCGGCGAUCGUCUCUCUGCUGCCGAUAGCGGUGAGUGCUCCUCUGACUCAGAGUUCAAUGCCACUGAUGUUGAUGUCGAAGAUGACGCAAUGGGGACCGAAGAGGUGGUUAUCUUGUCCCUGGACAAUGCCGACCAGGUGGACGGGAACGAAGAUGAACCCGUCUUUGACGUUGCGUGCUUGGACACCGAACUGGAACGGACUUUUGAUGGUGGUAACUUGUGUUCAUUCUUUUUAAAAUUCAUCGCGAUGUCUGAUUUAUUUGAGGUGUUUUAA